AUGCGGCGCGUGUUUUCCUCCUACCUGGUCUCGCCGAAAGAGCACAACGAUGCACUUGAGAAGAACGCUUCCAGCACGGGAGCAAACGCCCCUAAAGUCAUCCCUAUCUGUGCCGCAUGGUUCAUGCCCAACGAUCCGGAGAAGAGAACGGGGCUUGAGGUGUUCAAGAAGAAAAGAAUUCCCACGGCAAGAUUCUUUGACAUCGACGAGAUAAAGGACAAUGAAUCUCCCUACCCACACAUGCUACCCACCUGCGAGGCCUUUGCCGAGGCCAUGUCCAAGCUCGGAGUGAACAGGCAUGACGAGUUGGUGGUCUACGAUACCGAAGAGCUGGGCUUGUUCUCCGCCCCCAGAGUUGCCUGGACGAUGCGAGUGUACGGCCACCCCAAGGUACACAUACUCAACAACUUCCGAAUUUGGUGCAAGGAGGGCUACCCUAUAGAGACGGGACCACCCAUGGUUCCCAACAUCACCAAAUACCCCGUCCCUAGCUACAACACGGAUAUGGUGGUCAAAUUCGCCGAGAUGAAGACGAUCGGAUACGAUCAGGGCAAAGAGGGUUCGGAAGAAAUCCAAAUUCUGGAUGCUCGAUCCAAAGGCCGCUGGGAGGGAAGUGAACCAGAACCCAGGCCGGGUUUGAAGUCCGGACAUAUGCCUGGCUCGACCAGUUUGCCGUUCCAGGAGCUUCUAGAUCCUGAGACCAAGGCUCUCAAGCCACGAGAAGAGUUGCGUAAGAUCUUCGAGUCCAGGGGGCUCGACCCAAAGAAGCCCUUCAUUGCGACCUGUGGUACGGGUGUGACGGCAGCCAUUCUCGAAGCUGCCCUGAAAGAGGCAGAGUUUGGUACCGAAGAUGACCGAAGAUUGUACGAUGGCAGCUGGACGGAAUGGGCGUCUAGAGUCUCUCCUAACAGUGGUCUGAUAGUGUCCGGUGGUGCGGCUGCAUAA